AUGAGACAGUGUAUUUGUCAAAUAUGUACUUGCGGACGACACCGGUGUGAACACACCAGCAAGCACAAAGCUCCCUUCGCCAAGGACCAAGAUGACGCCAACAAAAACACUGAACACAAGGACAGAUACAGGCACUUUGGCUACCAACCUCGAGACGCUCCUAUAAAACCUGCCAGUGGGGCUGACUGGAAAGGAAACGAACCUUCAGUCAAACUCUCCACUACCAAAAGGGACUAUGUGCCUUUACCCAUCGAAAAAAGGGCCCUCAUGCGCCCCAAGGUUCAAAGAGAACCGAAAGGGAAGAUGUCUUCCUCCACAACUUACAAGCACGAUUACAAACCCAAGAAAGGUGACAGACCGAGUAAAAUUAAAAAGAAGGAAUGUACCACGGACGGUGUAAUGCCUGGUACUCUGCCAGGGAAAAUGGAAGGAGAAACUACGUAUGGAAGGAAUUUUACACCGAAGAAAGGAACAAAAAGAGAGCCUGCAAAAGCCAAAGAAUGCACUUUAACUCAACUUGGACAGCCAUUCAAAGGUGUAACCGAGACUGCGCAAUCUUUCCCGCCACAUCCCUAUCUCAAACGCGAAAUGACGCUCCCGAGAAAAGGAGAACUGAAACCAGAAGGCGAUUUCGAAGGUGUCACCACUCACAAAACAGAUUUCACUCCCAAGUACCAACCACCACCUAAGCCUAUCAAAAAGAUCGCCAAGUGGAAUCCAGGAACCGAGAAGUUCGAAGGAGAGACAACUCACGCGCAUGACUACAAGUGCCCACCCCAGCAGCAGAAGCCAGAUCUUUUCAUACCGAAAGGAUCCCUACAGAAAUUCGAAGGGCCUUUUGAAGGAGUUUCGCACUACAAGAGAGAUUUUCCUGCGCAUGAAAUUACAGCAAGAUCAUUGCCAAAAUGGCAUCCGUUUCUGCAGAAACGCAAGCCAUCAGAAGACGCCCCGAUGUCAGGGCAGACCACCUACAGAACCGACUACGAACCACCGCCAGAGGAUUUGCAACCACCCACUCAGAGGAAACCGAUUAAGAAUAAUAUCACCAUUCCGAGUGGUCCGAUGGAAAAAGUGACCACGUCCAUGAGAGACUAUCAAAAAAUCGAUCAUCCCAUCCUUUCAAAAUCAUGCAGACCAGACACACGCUACCAAAAGCCCGAGGGAAAGUUCGCCGACUGCACAACGACGCGAUGCGACUACACUCCCAAGACGGCGGAGAGGACGGCAACCUCGAAGCACGAAGACAACCUGGCAGUGGCCCCGGGGCAGAUGGAAGACCUCUCCACAACCAUGAGAGAUUUUCAAGGGAUAUGUCUCGACUGUCCGGCAAAAUACCUCAAACUGUACGGCAAAGACGCCCUGCCUCAAUAUAGAUUCGAAAAGACAGAAAAAGGCCAUGACUAUUUUAAGAAAUUAAAAAAGCCGAAAGAUUAAUAGGAAAUAUAAAACGAUUCAUUUUUUAAAUAAAAUUAAAAUCUUUUUACUCAUAAUCUUACCAUUCCUUUAAUGACGAACAAAUCGCGUUAAAAAGAAUUGCCUAAUAUAUACUGACAAUUACCUGUCUCUGGCGACCAUCUGGUUCAGACGGAGUACAGGCUGUGUUUAAUUUCAAUCAGAUGUCGUAUGAAUAAUUUGAAGUUUAUGAUUCCUCCAACAAAAUAUUUUUAAGUUUCAAAUCAGAUAGACAUUGCAGCCAGGGUUGUUGUAUUUUAAUAGUCACACACACGAUGUGCUAUGGGAUCACUUGCAUUCAAAAACUAAAUAUCAUUGUAGUCUAUACUAUAUAAUCGAAAACGAUCGACGUUUAUCGACUAUAUAAUCGAAUCGGACGUUUUUAGAUCCAUGUAUGUUUUUCAAAUUUCCUUAGAAAAUUAAAUGAACCUUAGAUUAGAUGAAUAGCUUUCGCAUUUCCAUCAUAUAAAAAAUAUAUUUACCUCCCCCCCUUACUUUUUUAAGCAAUGGUUCGGUCAGCAGGACAUUCAGGACUCCGGCCAGAAGCUAAUGAAGAAAAUGAAUUGAAUUCACUUUAUUUCGAAAUAAGCUGAAAAAAUUUUUGCCAAUUGAAAAGUUUGGUUUGUUGCACUCUAUACUCAUAUAAAAUUUUUUGAAAAACAAUAGGUGCAUUCGGAACGGUUUUAAUUUUCAAAUAAAUUAUACGAAUUAUCUAUGAACAAAACAAUAAUUGAAACAAUGGAAAGUAUUGUUGCAAAAUGUAUUCAGUAUUUCUAAAAGUUUAUUAAGAAGGGGAGGGCGGGAUGUAUGGAAAUAAAGUUUUUGUUUAUCACUGAAAAGACAUUUUACUUAACAUUCUAAAGUAGUGUAAACCCUUGUUGGUUUUUCCAUAGAAUAAGCGUAAACAUUUCGAAUUUUAAAAUAAAGACAGAAUAAAAUUUUGAAGAAUCUUUUCUACCUGAGCAUCUGCCAAAUUUAGUAGCUUUACCUAGUGGUAUUCCGAAAUUUUUCAUACGGCAAUAGACAAUUUACAGCAACUAUCGAGCCAAUAAAUUAUUCCAUGUAAAUGAAAAUGCCCCCCAAAAAUGUCAGUUAUCUACAAAUAUGCUUGAAACAGCAGAAUAUUGGCAGUUUUGAUCAAACACGAAAUAUAGUGAUAAGCCUAGGUAAUAGAUCUCAAGAAUUUCGUAAAUUCUUCGGCAAGCUUCUACAGUGAUAAACAGUUCCAAAUGAGAAAAACGCUUUAAAUAAGAAUUUUCCAACAAAUUAACUAGCAAGCUCAAAAAUCUUUCAUGAGUGUCAUUCCAGAAAAUAAAACACGAGUUAGAGAACUUAAGCAUGUAUAAGAAAUACAAGUUACUGUAGAACAGGGGUGGACAUUAAAUCUAUCGUGAUCGACUGGUGGAUCACCAAGACAUUUUGAGAUGUCCGCCUUUACUAAGACCUAAGUCGCGCACACUAAAAGAAACUAACUGUUACAUUCACGUGUUACACAUUUGGCAGUGUUGAUGGGGAAGAAAAUAUAAAUUAUAUAUUCUCUUUAUCACUGAUGGGAAACGAAGUUUUUCUACUUCAAAAUGACAUUUUUAAAAGCACUUAGUUCAGAACCUAAGAAUAACUUUUGGAAUCUAAUGAACGAAGUAAAAUAUCCUAAUUUAAAAAAAGUUGCACAUCAUUUAAUACCAGUCUUUAGUUCUACCUACCUGUGUAAAUCUGCAUUUUCAACGACGAAUAUAAUUAAGACAGCAUAUCAUUCCCAUCUCACGGACUACCACUUAAAAUCCGUGCAAGAUUAGCAGUUAAUAAUUAUAUACCGAGAUAUUCAAAAUUGGCGGACAGUACGUAGAUUAGGUCUUCUACUAACUAUAACUACGAGUAAUAAAUGGAAAUAGAUGGAAAUGAUUUUUUAAAUGUAUUUUGAAUUGUUUGAUAUUAAAUGCAUCAUUUGAUAUUAUUAUAUAUGUAGCCAUUAUCAUUAUGUUUGUAUCUUCUAUUAUUAUAAUUGUAGUUAAGUAGAUAAAUACAUAUUCUGCACUUUUUAUUAAGUUGUAAUAAAUAUUGUAGACUAUUUUUUUAGCUUACCAUACCUACAACCCUGGGUGAACCUCAACAUUUUAAAAAAAUUAAAAGUAGCCUGUAUCAUGGAAAAGUUUGCCCACCCCUGCUGUAGAACAAUCUCUGCUGUCACCAAUCAUUUCUCAUGUGUGAAUUCUGCACAAAUUACAGCAUGUUAUCUUCCUGCAUCAAACAAAUUUAAAUCUUGUAGCCUUCUUUCUCUCAAAGAUGAAUAGUCAUUAGAAAGUGAAAUUUCCCUACCAGAUACAGAGUAAAACCCAAAGAUCCAUUGCUAGACUGCAAUAUAUAUAUAUAU